GACGUGAAAAGCCUCGAGUCUUUGUAACCUUCUGUAUGCCAGAGCUGUGGUAGUGUGACAGCGGCAGUGCAGCCCUCAGCUCCUUUCAGAGCACAGUCUGGUGCCAAGCUCCAAGGUUCCAGUGGCUGCUGCUGUCACUGUGGGGGAGUCUAACCUCUCCCAGAAGGAGACAUACAGAAGAAUGGUCACCUCAACUGGUUUGCUCCUGCUGCUGGGGCUUCUCGGCCAGCUCUGGGCAGGGGCUGCUGCUGAUUCAGAGGCUGUGGUGUGCGAGGGAACUGCCUGCUAUACAGCCCACUGGGGCAAGCUGAGUGCCGCGGAAGCCCAGCAUCGCUGUAAUGAGAAUGGAGGCAAUCUUGCCACUGUGAAGAGCGAGGAGGAGGCUCGGCAUGUCCAGGAAGCUCUGGCUCAGCUUCUGAAGACCAAGGCACCCUCGGAAACAAAGAUAGGCAAAUUCUGGAUCGGGCUCCAGCGAGAGAAGGGCAAGUGUACGUAUCAUGAUUUGCCAAUGAAGGGCUUCAGCUGGGUUGGUGGUGGAGAGGACACAACUUAUUCAAACUGGUACAAAGCGAGCAAGAGCUCCUGUAUCUCUAAACGCUGUGUGUCCCUGAUACUGGAUCUGUCCUUGAAACCUCACCCCAGCCAUCUGCCUAAAUGGCAUGAGAGUCCCUGUGGGACUCCCGAUGCUCCAGGCAACAGCAUUGAAGGCUUCCUGUGCAAGUUCAACUUCAAAGGCAUGUGCAGUCCACUGGCGCUGGGUGGACCAGGGCAGCUGACCUAUACCACCCCUUUCCAGGCCACCACCUCCUCUCUGAAGGCCGUGCCGUUUGCCUCUGUUGCCAAUGUAGUUUGUGGGGAUGAAGCUGAGAGUAAGACCAAUUAUUACCUAUGCAAGGAAACGACUGCAGGAGUAUUCCAUUGGGGCAGCUCAGGCCCUCUCUGUGUCAGCCCCAAGUUUGGUUGCAGUUUCAACAAUGGGGGCUGCCAGCAGGAUUGCUUCGAAGGUGGGGAUGGCUCCUUCCGCUGUGGCUGCCGGCCUGGAUUCCGGCUGCUGGAUGACCUAGUAACUUGUGCGUCCAGGAACCCCUGCAGUUCAAACCCAUGCACAGGAGGCGGCAUGUGUCAUUCUGUGCCACUAAGCGAAAACUACACAUGCCAUUGUCCCAGAGGCUACCAGCUGGACUCUAGCCAAGUGCACUGUGUGGAUAUAGAUGAGUGUGAGGACUCCCCCUGUGACCAGGAAUGUAUCAACACUCCAGGGGGCUUCCAUUGUGAAUGUUGGGUGGGCUACCAAUCCAGUGGUUCCAAGGAGGAGGCCUGUGAGGAUGUGGAUGAGUGUACCGCUGCCUACUCACCCUGUGCCCAGGGCUGCACUAACACUGAUGGCUCUUUUUACUGCUCCUGUAAAGAGGGAUAUAUCAUGUCUGGGGAAGACAGUACCCAGUGUGAGGAUAUAGAUGAGUGUUUGGGCAAUCCAUGUGAUACCCUGUGUAUCAACACAGAUGGUUCUUUCAGGUGUGGCUGCCCAGCAGGUUUUGAGCUGGCUCCCAAUGGGGUCUCUUGUACCAGGGGCUCUAUGUUUUCAGAGUUACCAGCCAGGCCUCCCCAAAAGGAAGACAAAGGUGACGGAAAGGAGAGUACUGUGCCUCUUACUGAAAUGCCUGGUUCUCUCAAUGGCUCUAAGGAUGUCUCCAACAGAGCACAGACCACAGAUCUCUCCAUUCAAUCGGAUAGUUCCACUGCCUCUGUUCCACUAGAAAUAGAAGUCUCUAGUGAGGCAUCUGAUGUCUGGUUAGAUUUGGGCACAUACCUCCCCACGACCUCUGGCCACAGCCAGCCGACUCAUGAAGAUUCUGUGCCUGCACACAGUGACAGUGACACCGAUGGGCAGAAGCUACUUCUGUUUUACAUCCUGGGUACAGUGGUGGCCAUCUCACUCUUGCUGGCUCUGGCCCUUGGGCUUCUCAUUUAUCUUAAACGGAAAGCCAAGAAAGAGGAGAUCAAAGAGAAGAAGGCCCAGAAUGCAGCUGACAGCUAUUCCUGGAUUCCAGAGCGAGCAGAGAGCCGAGCCCCAGAGAAUCAGUACAGCCCAACACCUGGGACGGACUGCUGAAGACAACGUGGCUUUAGAAACAUAGUCAGCUGCCACUACCUUCAGAGUUACCUUCUUAGAUGAGGGAGAAGCCACAUCACUCUGAAAGACUGGACUGGACUCUCAGCAAUAAUUGGGCACCUUCCCCUUUAAGAACCUGGUGACUUGGGUUGGGCAGAUAUUUUCCUGGUGCCUUUGAUAUGCCUGGGGAGAUAAAAUGACCAUUGUGGGGAGUUUUGGGGAUAUUGACAGACCUCACUCACACACCCUUUUCAAAUCCAAAAGCAACUGGUUCCUCUGGUUGCCAAUCAGGGCGUAGGAAGUCAGAGGGGGUGGGGUAGGGUGGGGGUAGGGGGCUUCAAAGUCUUUUCUUAUGUAUUGAUUUAUCAGAGAAGGAGCUACUGGUGCUAAUUACGAUGGAAACAAUUCCUUUCCUUCACAGGCUAGAAAGCAAAACCAACUAACUAAUAACCUGGUAAGACUGCUCUACCCUUCCUACAGGGACUUUUUCAGGAUGGCUGUCUUUGUGUACAUUUGCCUUCUGGCAUUUCCCCUCCAUCCCGCUUGCUCGGUAUUGUUGGAACUGUCAGAAUGAAAGGAAGUUCAACCAACUGCUCAGGGAGCAAGCAGGCAGGAAGUUUAGACCUUGUAUCCCCUUGCUCUUUCUGAUAGACUUGAGCUUAUGGGCAAACAAGUUGGAAAGUUGCUUCAAGUGAGUGAGGUCUUGGUAAAAGCAUAGUCUAGAGGGAGGCAGGCAGGAAUUGAUUUAACAGAUAUUUGAACAAAAAAAAAUCUGAAGGAACUGAUGCUAGCACACACUCGACUACUGAGGAACAAUAACAAAACCCCAAGAUCAAUUUGUCUUUGAGCUUGCACGGGUCCUGACUCCACUGCAGGGCACCCUCUCCCUUUAUACCAUCCCAACCAGGGAAGAUGGGACAGCAGGCUCAGAAAGCCUCAGGAUGCUUUCAUUCUGAAUGAAGGAAAGGAUGUGUGAGCCUGGUGAUGGGCUAUUUUAAAUACUCCCAUUUAAAUGAAGCUUAGCCCCCUUCAUGGUUAAAAGUACAUCUAGAGGACUUGAACCCUAUUUUGUGGAUGUGACACAGACUGAAUCAAGGAUUAGUCAUGAAGGAGGUUCUCUUUUUUUUUGUUUUUGCUUAAAAAAGGAGAUACAGGGGAGAGGGAAAAGGGAAGAGAGAACAGCUAAAAAAUUUCCAACCGUUAAAACGGCUUAGAGCCACCUUAUGAUUGACAUGUUUAUUUUAAAGGGUUCAUAUGCAAAAGUGUCCCUUAAACUUGCUGCAGGUAAUGCUGUUCCAGCUGCACAGGACUGUCUGGGGCCUGGAAGGCAGCCCUGGUGAGUCACUUCAGUAUCUCAGGAGGCCUGUCUCAGCUGCCUUUGCUGUUUGAAAUACUGAGACAAGGAAUGUGUCUCCACCACGAGAUUCCGAGUCUUUGUUCUCAGACUAGAGUGUCCUUUUGUUACUAGUGUCAAAAGCAACUAUCCUUCAAGUUGAUAGCCAGAAAGUGAAGAUUAAUAACAACCGGACUCAAGGCCUUUGAAAUAUCUUAGAGAACUAUAUUACAGAAGUGUCUUUUUUUUUCUUUGUCAAUUUAAAAUGGAGAUACUUUCAUUAGUCAGACUUUCUUUCUCUCUUUGAAAACCCAUCGUGGAGAGCAAUGGGGAACCGAUUGAGCUCAGUGGGUGCCUGAAAUGUGUGCAUUUAAAAGUCAACUUACUGUCUGGCUUUCAGUUGAAAUUUGAACAUUUGGAACAGGAUCUCUGGCAAUAACUGAGAUUGGCCACUAGUCCAUUACAAGGAGACCAGUUGAAUUUAGAUCCAUGGCAGUAUCUGCAUAUACGGACGUGAACCUAAAUGCAUCACUUUUACCUCCAGACCUUCAACUGCUCACCUUUAUGGCUUGAGAUGAGGAAGGUAACUGAGUCUAGGCUCCCCACAGCCUUGCUUGGUCUAUACUCAGGCUGCUGUGUAGGACUUAAAGUGACCAAAGUAACUUAGAAGGUAGACAUGAAGCUCCAACUCCAACACUCUCUGGGGUACAGGAUCCUCUCUGUGGAACCCACAACAGAGAAGGGAAUGAUGAGGAACAUAUUUUCUCAAAGUGUGCUUUCAGCAUGAGCCCUUCCCAUGGAGGCCGGGCUCUCUCGUCUAAUGACUUGCCAAAGCCUUCAGCAGGACCAUACCUCAUGUGGCAAAGCCAAUGGAGCCAGUCGCUGUUCCUAAAUGGGUGCUUUAUUCUCCCUAUAUUCUUGCUGUCCUCAUGCUUGAACCUGGUAAAUUCUGGGUUAGGGUAUCUAAGAGGCCAAGCAAUAAAUAAUCGAACUUCCACUGGACCAAGGGUGUUAGGCUAGGCCUUCUCUACCCAAGAAACCAGUGAACAGAGACAGAAUACUCCCCUGCCUCUGAUGAGCAUAGCUUCAGGCCUUCACCCUUCUCCUUACUCAAUUGCAGGUGGCCAUCAUUGCCUUUUGUAUUUUAUAUGGUUAUGGUGAUGGAAGCCAGCUAUAAGUAUGUUAGACACGAGCUUUCCAGGACCCCUAUACUACUAGUACCUCGCAUUAUCUUUGUUCAUUAUUAAAGAUAAAUGAAACAAUACACCCCCACUAACUUGAGGAGUUAAAAAACAAAAACCAAAAAAAAAAAAAAAAAAAAACCAAACUACUCAAAAAGAAAUGCCUCAGGAGGGAGCCCUGAACACUAUUUGCAGAGGAAGUCUAGCCCCAGUUUUCCCUGGUAUCUAGCAUGACUUCGAUGCAAUCCCAAAUGUAUGCAUUUUCUGGCUUUGGUGACCCAGUCAUCAUUAUCAUUACUACCACCACCAGCAUCAUCAUCAUCACUGCCAUCACCACCUCAUGGUGCUGUGCAUCCUCGUGGUGUUUUAUUAAUGGCAGUAACUGGAUGAAUCCUACCUGGCUCUGACUGAGGGCAAAAAGGCCAGAAAGAAGAAAAGCAGAAAGAAAAAAAAUGGGGCUGCUUUCCUUCAUCUUCUUACCCAUGGAAAACCCAGCAAGCUUCUGGGAAGGUCUAUCCUAAUGCCUUCCCCAGAUCAUGGUGGAAGGAAACACAAAUACUUCUGAGUUCACGUUCACUGUGCAGGGCAAGCUACCUAGGGAGAAUUCUUUAUCUCCUCAUGAAGUUUCCCUCCUCUUUUGAGGUCCUAACCAUGAGCCCUUUCGUGGACUGUUAUCACCAACCAAACUUUCAAAAGGUAGAUGGGAUCAUUAGGUCAUUUUGUUCCACCCCUCUUUUCCCAUAAAUAUUUCUGGCAAAACUAAAGGUUUGCAGAGAUGUGAUUUGACCAAAAAAGGAAAACAAGGUUACUCCAUUCAAAAUAACAUACUUUGAAAGCAAGUAUAGGAAAGCCUUUUCCUAUUAUUUUUCUUCUUAGCUUCCCCAUUGUCUGAAUUGGGAAAACAGGAAAGCAUUGCUUUGUAGCACCUGCAAAAUGGUUUAAUGCCCCUGCAUAGUUCCAUAUCUUUCAACAAUAGAUUUAGCAUGGGAAUCUAAACUAGACACCCUGAGAACAUCUGUCCUGUCCCCAGCUCCUAAACCCAGGCUUUGAUUAUGUGUGGCUUGUGAAUCCUAUCAACCAAAACAGGGGGACAGACAUACCUCACCAACUGUAUACCCUGAUGACUCCUUACUCAAGGGCUUUUUGAGUACCUGUUCUUGAUAGUACCUGUCUAUUUCAGAUGGGGACCCUGGAGCUUUCAUCCUUCCCAUCUUACUUGCAGGGCGGCAAGUGGCUCCUCUUUGCAUUUUACCGAGCCCCCCUCCAAGCUUAAGUUCAUUUGCGGAUCAGGGAUUAAGCCUGAAUUGUCUUGUCCCUGUUGUCAGGGGUUAUUGUAAAUGUUAGUAAUCUCACCCCAAGCCCUCAGUAAGAACAUAAAUAUUUAAAAAAUAUGUGCAUUUGAAAUCUGUUUCAUGGAUCCUGGAACUGUGGGCUGUUCAGGCAGGAGUGACUUUAGUCUUCUAGUGAAUAUUGCCCAGUUUGUGGGAAGGGAAGGCUCCCAGGUUAUACUCCUCCUUAGAGCGACAACAUUAACAUUCUGAAGGGAGGCGCAGGAUUGCCUUGAAGAAGUGGGAACUUGGUCAUGGUUUGAGCAUUCUGUUAUGCACCUCUCCUAAUAAACUCUGAAAAAAUAUUUGCUUUGAA